AUGAAAGUUUAAACUAGAUUUAAUAAGAAAUAUUCUUAAAUAUUUGAAUUAAAUAAAGAAAGAUUACUUGGAGGAGGAGUAGCUUGCUCAAAGGGAGUUGUUAAUUCUAAUAAGCACAUUGUAGAGAAGCAAUCUAAAUAAGAAUCAGUAAGUUAAGUAAGUUAAGAGUUUUUAAAUGUCUUUCAGUAGAUUCUCAACUAAAAACAUUUAGCAGAUGUUAUAAAUUGCUCAAAGCAGGAUACUGAGAUCGCUUUCAUUUUUGAAAAGAUCUUUAUUGAUCUCAAUACUUAGAUAUUAGCAGAUAUAGAAAACUAUAGAGUGUUUAUUAUUGAAAUUUUAAAUAUUCUUUUAAAGUAUGUAAUAAUGAUCAUCCAAAAUAGCUCAAGCAAGUAGACAGAUUUUGAUGAGUUAGAUAAAAAGUUUAAUUAGUUGAAGUAAUAAAUUCAAGUAAUAAGUACCGAUCGCUCAUGCACAGAUAUAAUUAGUUUAAUAUAGUUUAUUUAGAUGUUUAUCUAGCAAAGAAUUAGACUCGAUGAUAUUAACUAAUAAUAACAGAUAAAAAUUUAACAAUUUGUAGGGGAAGUAGUGAAGUGGAACUAUAAAGUUAAAAAUUAGCAAUAAAGCUCAAAUAUUAAUUUAGUUAGCCAGUUAAGAUCAAUCGUAGAUGGAGGAAUAUCUCUUUAUGAUUCAAUUAAAACAAUUACUGAUGUUGGCCCUGAGAGAAAUGCUCAACCACAAGACGAACGCAAAAUUUCAGACUCUUUUAGAUUGGUAAUGACUUCUCAAAUUACUAAAAUGGAAUAAAAUUUAUUGAGAAUUUGGUUCAAAAUGAUAGAGCUUUUUGAUAAAAAGAAAGAAAUUAAAUUUGAAGACCAAAUAGAAUUUUAUAUUGAUAGAUUUAUUGAGCUUAAACAGCAAGCAGAUGUGAAUGAAUUGAUUUUAUAUAUCUUAACUCAAAUCAAUUUUUAUUUCGAAUGCGGCUUUCAUGAACAAGAGAUCAAAUAUAAAUUUAAUUUUAAUGCAGCUUUGGAAAAGAAGAUUCCUAUAACGAAUAGCAAAAUGAGAGAGUUUAUUAAUAUUUUGCAAUUCUAGCCAAAACAGAAAAAUAUUUCAGAAUAAGAGUAGAAGUUUUUCAUAUUCUCUUAAACAGAUCCAACAUUCCGAUUCUUGAUUUCUUAGAUCCUUAUGAAAUAUAGGGUAGUAGCAGAAAAAGUAAAAGAAAAGAAAGAAGCAGAAAAGUAUUAAAAUCAUCUAUUCUAUUUGUAUGUCACAGAAAGAAAUCCUUUAGUUUAAGUUUCCUUUUUCAACAGCGAUAGUUUCAAAGAAUAUGCAAGUAGAUAUUUAAAAGAGAAUUAAAUGAUUUCCAGACGAAUGAUAGAAAUACAAGAUUAAAGAAAGAGCGAUUUAAUAUAAUUUGGAGUUCAUCUAAAUACUUAUAAAUCAUUAGAAGAAUAAAUAGAGGAUGAAAACUCAUUUCAAGAAAUAUUUGAGCUUAAGUAAAUAGAAUAAUUGUAAGUAGAAUUAAGAUAGAAAUAUUUCAAAAAUAUGGUUCAUAAUAAUGAAUUGUUAUUUGAAAUAAAGGAGCUUUACAUUGAUUAGUCUUUCUAAUUUUUAUUUGGAAAAUAACUUUUUUUCAUGGAAGGUGAUUUAUCUGCACAAAAACAAAAUCCUAAAGAAUAAGACUAAGUAUUUCAAAAGAUUGUAAACUGCUUUUUGAAAUAAUAGAAAAUAAGCAACUAGAAAAUUAAUGAUAAUACUUUAAUUAAGAAUCAUAUCUUAGCAAUAGUAGGAGAAGGUGGGACAGGAAAAACAAUGCUUCUAAAGAAAAUUGAGAAUAAACUAAUAUAAUAAAUGAAUUAGUAAAAUGGAGAUUUGAACUGUGAUUAUAUUCCUAUUUUUGUUAGUUUUAGCCAAUUAGAUUUUUAGAAACCAUCGCUGGAAAGCUAUUUGAUCAGUUAAGGAAUGGGAAAUAGCUUAAUUUAAAUAAUAAAAGCAUCGAAAAAAUACAAAGUUUUACUUUUAGAUGGAUUUGAUUAAUAUUAAGGAUAAUUUUUUAGAAUCUAUUAACAAUUAAAUUUGAACCAAUGGAAGAAUCUGCUUAUAAUAGUUACUUGCAGGAAUGACUAGCUCUAAGAAAAGGAUUUUACAAAAUAUUUCAGUAUUGAUUGUGAAUAUGGCGGAAUCGAUAGAGAUUUGUUUACAUGCAUUGAGCUAAAAAAGCUUAAUAGAAAAUAAAUAAUUGAUUAUUGCUAGGUUUAUUACUAAUUGAAUUGUAAUUCAGAUGUUUAGUCUUAGCAGUUGCUAAAAUAUACCCAAGAUAUCAUUCACAGCAACAGAUUUAUAGAAAAAUAAAUAAAAAACCCUGGAAACUUAUUCCUAUUUGCCAGAUUAGUUGAAUUGCUUGAAGAUAAAAACUAAAUUGAAGAAAUAAAAUAGCUGAAAUCAAAAAAUAUUUUAAUUGAAGAGCUGUUUUUCUAGAAAUUAUUCUUAAGAGAAGCCAAAAAGAUAUACAAAGAUAUUGGUAUUUGCUAGUAUUCAGAAUUGAUAAUAUAAAUGAUCAAGUCUUCGUUUUUUGAAUAUUAUCAAAGCAUUUCAAUUAAAAUGUUAACAAACAAAGGUAAAGUGCUAAAUUAUCUUUAAGGAAAUAAAUUACUAAUUGACUACUAUUUAAGCGAAGAUUUAUAAGAGCUAUUAACAGUAGAAUAGCAAGAGGAAGUAUACUAAAAAAUAUGUGGGUAUUUUAACCCAGAUAUUAUGACAAAUUUAAAUAAUACCUUAUGUUAAAUAAAGAGUAAAAAUACAUACUCUAAUGAUUUUAAAAGAGUUGCUAUUUAGUAAGAAAAAAAUGCUAACCAAACAACUGCAAUUGCGGGUCUAAAUAAUUAGUAAAUGCAAUUAGCUCAAACUAUGAAUGGUUAAUCGAGUUUUGCUGUCAGUAAAGCAUCCAGUUUUGAAGUAAGUUAACUAGCACUUUAGAAGAACCCUGUGCUGUAUAAUCAAUUAACGCAAUUAGAAAGUGCUAUUGAAUUCAGAACCAAACAUUUAUUUGAAUAUUUUGCUGCUAGAGCUAUGAGGUAUGAUUUCGAUUGUAAUAUAGAAAAAACAUAUUUAUUAGGAGCUGAGAAGAUAUGCAAAUUUGGUAUUAACUAAUAGCUGCUAUAUAGACCAACCGAUUAUAGAUCAGAGAAAUAAAUACUCAUUAAAUUUUUUAAAUUAAUUAAAAAUUUCAUAGAUAGUAGCAAGUUUCUUGACAGUUAUUGCUAGGAUGAAGCACUAUAAUAAAAUAGAUACAUUUAAUUCAUUAAAAGAGCCAAAACAUUAAAAAAAUCAAUGCACAGCCAAUUAGAUAUUGGUAGCUCUAAUCUACUAACAGCAAUUUUUAUGUCUAACUUCUAAUUUCCUUUUCUUGACCUCACUUACUGUUCGUUCACAAAGGUUUACAUCCCUGAAAGGAAGAACAGAAACAUCAAUUUCAACAAGUCAAAUUUAAAUCAAGCAUACUUAUUAGGUUCUAACUUGAAUUUUGAAGGAGCCUCCACAACUGGUGCCUUGUUCAAUUUAUUUUAAGAAGAAUACAAUUUAAGAGACACUCUGACAUUUUUAGAAAUAGACUGGUCUGAAGAUAAUUAAUUUUUUUCGAUUUCAUAAACAGGUUGCAUGAAUUGCUUUAAAUUUCGUGAAAAUGGAAUACAAUUAAUGAAAUCUAACAAAGUUGGCAUAAUGAAUUAUAAUAAAUGCCAAAGACAGAAUGAUAUUUUUAAUUUUACUUAGGAUAAUUUUUUAUUUUAAGUGAGUGAAAAAUACUUAGACAUCAUUAAGACACAUAAAUUUGAAUUCAAAAUUAAAGCUAUAUCUUAGUCUUACGAUAAUAAAAUUCUUGCUAUUCUAGAGAAUAAUGACUUGUACUUAGGAGAUAUUUAUGAAGGUUUUGGAAAAUUAAAAAAUUUAUCAGGAUAUCCAGCUUACAUUUCAUAGAACGGAUUUUAAUUUAUUAUGGCAAAUUAGGGAAGUUAGGAAUUAUAAUUGUUUGACAUACUUAAUGUGUAUAACGAUAUAAAAUAAAGCGAAAUCUUCAAUCUUCCUUCAAAAUUAAUUUCUUCUAUAAAUACUAAAAAUAAUAGGUACAUUGUUUUUAACUUGGAAGAUAAUUAAUCUCAAAUUAGAUCUGCAAAUAACAAGUUCAAGUUAAUUUAAACUUUUCCAAGACAUAUUCUAUAAAUAGAAUCAUCAGAUAACUCUGAGAAAAUAGCUUUUAUUUAAGAAAAAAGCUAAUGCUAAAUAUUCAGCUUAGAACUGGGAAGUUUUGUUUUAAUUAAAACGAUUGAGUUGAAUACUGUAGAUAUAUUAUAUUCUAUGUCGUUCUCUCUUGAUAACAAAUAUUUCUCUAUUGCCUUGAAUUAAUCAGUUUUAAAAGUUUUUAAUCUGAAUGAAAAUGUGAAAUUACAAUUCUCCAAAGAAGAAAAUAAAUCUAUAAAUUAAAUUGGAUUCUCAAAAGAUGUCACUCAUCUAGCUACAUUAUCUAAAAAUAACUCGUGUUUGUUUUAUAAAAUAGAUGAAAAUGAUCCCAAUGAGUUUUAGUAGGUGUGGAAGCUAAGUCAAAUGAAUGAUCAAGUAGAAAAAAUAGCUUUUUGUCAAGCAAACUAGAAAUUUGUUAUAUCUUAUUCAAAUGGGAUGAUAGGUUUGUAUGUGAUUUAAGACUAGAUUGAAUUUCACUCAACUGUAGAAGCUCAUUUUUAAAGUAUAGAAUAAAUGGUCUUUUCUCAUGAUGGUAAAUAUUUAGCUGUAUCGUUUGGUAAUACUUUAAAGCUCUUUGAUGUCUCUAAAAAGAUUUAAUUUCACUCAGAGAUAGAUAUCUAAGAUGAAUCAAAAGAAGUUAGAAUAACAUCAAUAGAUUUCUCCUAUUGCAACAGAUAUUUGGCAGUCGCUUUCGACAACAACUCGUUUAACAUUUAUACCUUCAUCAAUAAAAAACCACUUGAGUUUAAAUAAAAUUUUGUUAUUUAAUAAGCGAAUAGUAUAACUCAAAUUCUUUUCUCAUCAGAUGGAAAGUAUAUCUUAACAUCAUGUUAGAACUUUUGUUUCAUUUGGGAUUUUGACUAAAAUAUUUAACUUUUUUAGAAAUUGUAGAUUGAAAAAGAUAUUAAAAUAAAUUAAAUGUUAAUAUCAUAUGACAGUAAUUAUCUAAUAACACUUACUUCUGACAACGUUUGUACAGUUUGGAAUAUAUUUGAAUAAUUUAGAGUCAUAAAAGAGAUCUUUAAUCAAACUCAAGUCAAUUAUAUUUCAAUUUCUUCUGACAGCAAAUAUUUAGCUUUUGCAUACAAUGAUGGUUUCUUUAAGAUCCUAAGAACAGGAUUAGAAUAUUACGAAGCUUAAAGCUUGAUAAAAACUCAAAAGUAAAAAGUUUUAGUGUCUGCUUUUUCUACAGAUGGGAAAUAUCUCGCUACAGGUUCUAGUGAUAGUAAAUGCAAAAUUUGGCUUGUUUAAAAAGGAUUUGAAUAUUAUUUAACUUUAAAAGGCCAUUUAGAUUCUAUUUCUUCUUUAGCAUUUUCUAACAACAACGAGUUUCUUGCAAGUGGAUCUGAUGAUAAUACAAUAAAAGUAUGGAAUGUAAGUAAAGAUUUUGAAUUGCAGCUAACAAUAGAAAACUAAGAAAAUAAAAAUAUUACUUAAGUUCUAUUUACUGUUGAUAAUAAAUUUUUAAUAUCUAAUUCUAACAAUAACAUCUGUAAUAUUUGGAGUGUUUAAAGUAAUUUUGAAUUUGUUUAAAAAAUCUAAUUCCAUUCUCAAACUAUAACUUCCAUGGCUGUUUCUUAUGAUAAAAAGUUUUUAGCAACUACUUCAAAAGAUAAGACAUGCAAAAUUUGGGACAUUUAAUCUCAAUUUAAGUUAAUGAAAGCAUUGCAAAACCAUUCAGAUGAAGUAAUUUCUUGCGCUUUUUCGGAUGAUGGGAAAUAUCUCGCUACAAGCUCUUCUGAUAAAACUAUUAUUAUAUGGAGUGUUGAUAAUAACUUUGAUUAAAUUCAAAAAAUUUCUACUGAAAGUAUAGUAUUAAAAUUAUUUUUCAACUCAGAUAGUACAUACUUAAUUGCUAAUACAGAUAUAAUGUAAAUAUUUGUUUGGAAAUUAGAACCAGAUUUUAAAUUAAUCAAUAAAUUUAAAUGUUCUGAUAAUAAAAUUGUAUCAUUCCAAUUAAGUAAAGAUUCUAAAUACCUAUUAACCUCUUCAGAUGAUUAAAUUCCUUGCAAAAUAUGGUAAGCAUAGCAAGCUUUUAAAAUAUUAAGUUUAAUUCCAAAAAAUUAAAGUCUUUUUAUCUCAGAAAAUAAGCAAUAUAUUCUCUCAUAAAAUCCAGAACAAAAAGAAUAUUAUGAAAUCUUCAAUAUAACAAAUGGAUGUAAACAGAUGGGUUCAUACAAAGAAGAAUUAUUCUACUAAGAAUUUCAAAAUAAUUUUAUAAAAAUCGAUGACAUAUAUAAAUUUCUUUUAGACCAGGAAGUAUUUUAACAUUAUUACAGUUUGAAUUGA